AUGCACCAGCUAGCGGACCUCCUGGUCUUGUCAGCCAGCCCCCCAUUCAGUGGCUCGGCCCACCAGGAGGCCGAGCUUCAGCAGCAGCCCGCACCGCACGCAGCGCUUGCGGCCGCGGCAGAGGCCCUCACGGCCGCAGCGGCAUGCCGUGACGAGCGGCUGCGGCUGGAGGUGUGGGAGCGGUUGGCCGCAGCAGCGGGCGAGCUGGCAGGCGCGGAGCCGCCUCAAUCUGGCGAGGCAUGCGAGGUUGAUCCUGAAAUAGGCCAGCUUCAGCGCUUGGCGAGCACCCUGCACAACGCAGCCUCAGCGCUCAGCAGCGCAGAGAGCGCCGCCCGCGCAGGCCCCAGCGCCGACGCUGGCGCGCCGCGGCAGCUGCGGGCCGCGUCUCGGCUCCUGACCGCGGCGUUCCGCUGCAGUGUGCGGCGCUGGACGCUGGAGCUCGCGGGCGGCGGCGGCGCCGAGCUCGCACAUGCGGCCGAAGACGCAGGCCGGCGCGCGAGGGCCUGCAUGAGCGGGCUGGUGCGGUGCGCCAGCAGCGGCGGCUGCGGCGCGGGCGGCGAGGGCGCGGAGCUCUUGGCAGAGGCGGCGGCCUGCGUGCGGCAGCUGCUGUCCCUGCUGGGUGCCCGGCAGCUGCUGCGGGAGCUGCCGCUGCUGCGGAACCUCCUGCGAGCCUUCAGCAAGCUCGCUGCCGCGGCGGACGCGCCGCCCGCGCGCGCGGCGGCCCCGGUUCCGCGUGGCUGCGGCAAAGGCCGGGCCAAGGCGGGCCAGGACGCCCAGUGCGGGGGCGGGGGCGCUGGCAAGCCUGUGUCCUGCACGGAGCUGCUGCUGGGCAGCGGCGACGCGGCUAUGGUGCAGCUGGCGGACGUGGUCGCGUUUGCUGAGGCGCAGUGCCUGGCAGAGCUCAAUUCACGAGGCGGGCGGCCCGCCGGGGAGCGGCUUGCCCUGCAGUCCCGCGCGGCCCAAGUGCUCGAGGCGGCGGCCGCCGGCGCGCCGCCGCCGGGCUGGGGGGCCGGCGCGUGGGGCGCGCAGAUGCAGCUGGUGGCUGCUCUCUGCGACUCGCGGGCCGCGCCCGACUCCCUUGCCGGGGCAGCUGACGCCCUCGCUGCCGAUGAUCAGGGAGCCGCCGCAGGCGCGGCCAACCCCAGGGGCGCGGGCAAGGCACCCAGCGGCGGCGGCCGGCGGCGGCAGCAGGUGGGGACGGAUUGUGGGGCGGACGAUGGCGAGGCGCCGCAGGCGUGGUUGGCUGCGUCCAGGGCGGAGUCUGCGGCGCUCUGCCGAUGCUUGGCAGCGCUGCAGGCGGCCGCCGCGGCGGCCGCAGAGGCUGGAGGCGUGGCGGGCAGUGUUGAGGCCGAGACCUGGAGUGAGGCAGGGCAGCCCGGGCUGGAGCAGGAUGCAGCAAGUGAAGCGUCUGGCGGCAGCAGCGCCAGCGCCAGCGGCGCCAGCGGCGCCAGCGGCGCCAGCGGCGCCAGCGGCAGCAUCAACAGAAGGGCCAAGGCUCGGGCCCCCGCCAGGAAGGGAAAGGCAGCGGCGGCGGCGGCCGCGGCUCCGCCGACUUGCGCCAACGGCGGCGGCCAGGCGCUUGGCGUCUGGUCUGAAUCCGCUCAGGCCGCGUGGUGCGGCGUGCGCAACGACCUGGAGGAUGCAGCACGGCUGUGGGACACCGCGGCCGCGGCCGCCGCCCAGGCCGGCGAGCCAGACGGGCGCUGCGUGUGCCGCUUCCCCCUGGAGAGCAGCCACGCGCUCCUGCAGGCGUGGCACAUAGCGGCCCUCCAGGGCUGGGAGCCGCUGCAACGGCGGCUGGCGGCGGCGGCGGGCCCCGUGCUGGCGUGCCUCGGGCCGAGCGAGCUAAGGGAGCUGGCGCCGGCGCUGGGCGGCGUCCCAUCCGAGGGCUGGCUUGCUGACCUGCUGGCGCCGGGAGCGCCGAGGGAAAGCCUGGCCGGCAGUGUCUCCUCCACGCUCCACGCAGCCAUGGGCGGGCCUGGCAGCACGGUCCGGGGCCCUGAGCACGACCCCGAGCCCGCCAGCGGACCGGGCUGUGCGCUCGCGGCCCGCAGCCGGCGGCUGCGGCGGGCGGCAGAGGAGCAGGAGGCCGCGGCGGCGGCGGGCGGCGCCCAGGCCGACCCUUGGGCCCGGCUGCAGGGAGCGCGGCUGCACCUGGCGGCGGCGCAGGCGGCGGUCGCCUGCGGUGACCUGCCCGCCGCCUUCGCCGCCGCGGAGCGCGCCCUCUCGCUGAGCGGCGCCGUGCACGCCGACUUGCGAGGCGGCGGGGCGUCCGGUGAUGAGGGAGCGGCUGCGGCGGCCGAGGUGGACGAGGGGUCGGGCGGCGGCGCCUCUCCAAUGGACGUCGAUGCGGACGCAAGAGGCCAGGUGCUGGCGGAUCAGCAGCAGCAAGGGCAGCGGCAGCCGGUCAGCUGGGCUGAGACGCCCAGCGCCGCUGCCGCCACCGGCAGCCCCUCGGACGCGCUGCUGCGCUGGCAGGCGCUGGGGCUGUAUGCGCGGAGACGCGGCCCGGGCGGGCGCGCAGCUGCGGCUGGCGGAGGCGUGCGUGUCGGCCAUGCGUGCGGGGCCGGGCUCUGA